AUGCCGUUUCGCCGUUUCACUCCAACAGUUUCUAGAAUUCUGGCAACGAUAACUACUCCAACCGCCGCUUCCGUUGCUGCUACUAUCACCGCCGCCACCGGUGAAUUGACAAUUUCUAGAAGAGGUAGUCCGUCUGUCACCCCUCGAGGAACCCCCACCCGAGUGACGCAGCUUCGAACAGGUUCGGAUUCGAAACCUCAUGGUCUGACGACUCCUACCAGAUCUAGUCCCAGGUUGCAGUCAAAUGCGCACACUCCGGUCUCCUACCAGAGGCGGCCGCUUCACUUCCGUGACAUAUUUUCAGACAGUGAAGACGAAAUAAACUCGUGUCCACCACACAUAACAAGAACCGAUGCGGAUACACGCGGCAAACUUUGUCUGGAACCAACCGGUCGGAAAGUUCUCAGUCCACUAAAUCCGUCCAGACAAGCCGUGGAUCGCCUGGAGACCAGAUUAAAGAAAUCGGUUGAUGGAAGACGUUCCGCNNNNCCAGAAUUACUCGCUUUGGCCAAAGCCGAGGCCCUGGGUCGCAGAGUCGCUCAAAUGGCCAAUGAACACUUUCGAUAG